GCUGUUUUAUGAGGUUAGAGAUGAGCCUUAAAUAACUACCAAUGUAAGCUCAAAAUUAACUUCAUUAAGGGAGGAGCCAGGUGUUAGGGGAGGAGUUAAGAGGACGUCAUGUUUAGGAAACGAAACUUAAGAUUCAUAUUAACCAAAAUCACCCGACGUUGUAUCAGUUCUUUCUUUCAGGAGAGAAAUUAAACACAUUUUGGAAAAAAUCGUCUGACAGACAGAAAUCACAACAAGGAUGGCCUCGGCUAAGACUUCCUGGUCUGAGGAGAACUUUUCUUGUUCCAUCUGUCUGGAUGUGUUCAGCAGUCCAGUUUCCACACCAUGUGGACACAACUUCUGCAGAACCUGUAUUAAUAAGUUCUGGGAUGGACAAGUCCAGUACAAAUGUCCUGUUUGCAACAAGGUUUUCGACACUAGACCUGAUCCACAGGUCAAUAUCCUUGUAUCAGAGAUGGCUGCUCAGUUUAGAACGACCGUACGAGUAAAAGAGCAGCCUUGUGUUGAAUCAUCAGAAGUUCCCUGUGACUUCUGUACUGGGAUCCAGCUGAAGGCUGUGAAGUCCUGCCUAGUGUGUCUUAUCUCUUACUGCCAAACCCACCUGGAACCGCAUCAGAGAGUCGCAGGCCUGAAGAAACAUAGGCUGGUCGAGCCAAUGGACCGUCUGGAAGACAGGAUGUGUAAGAAACACGACAGACUUCUGGAGCUCUUUUGCAAAACUGAAGAGGUGUGUGUGUGUCAGUCCUGCACAGAGGGUGACCACAGGUCCCAUCCUGUUGUACCUCUAAAGGAGGAAUAUGAAGUGAAGAUGGCCCAGCUGGGGAAGAUGGAGGCUGAAGUUCAGCAGAUGAUCCAGGAGAGACAAAAUAAUAUCCAGGAGAUUAAAGACACAGUUAAACGCAGAAAAGCAGAUGCAGACAGAGAGAUAGUCGAUGGUGUGCAGGCCCUCACUGCUCUGAUGCGCUGCAUUGAAAAGUGGCAGGAUGAUCUCAACCAAAUGAUUAAAGAGAGACUGAAAUCCACAGAGAAACAAGCUGAAGACCUCAUCAAAGAGCUGGAGCAGGAAAUAGAAGAUCUGACCAACAGAAGCUCAGAGGUGAAGCAGCUCUCAUACACUAAAGACCACCUCCACUUCCUCCAGUCCUUCAGAUCCCUGAAGGAUCCUCCAACCACCAGGGACCGGACGACGUUGGAGGUCCGUCCUCCGUCAUACGUAGGGUCCUUGAUGAGAUCCCUGGAUCAGCUGGAGGAGACACUGAACAUGGAGAUGAAGAAGCUACGUGAUGAUGUUGAACUGAAGAGGGUCCAGCAGUAUGAAGUAGAUGUGACUCUGGAUCCUGAUACAGCUCAUCCCAGGCUCAUCCUGUCUGAGGAUGGGAAACAAGUCCAUGAUGGAGGUGUAGCGAAGAAACUCCCAGACAACCCUAAGAGAUUUACAAAUGGUAUUUUUGUCGUCACGAAGCAGAGCUUCUCCUCAGGGAGAUUUUACUUUGAGGUCCAGGUUAAAGACAAGACUGCAUGGAGUUUAGGAGUGGCCAGAGAGUCCAUCAAGAGAAAAGAUCUGAUCAUAGUGAUUCCUGAGAUGGGCUACUGGACUCUCUACUACGAUAAGGAUGGGUUGUAUUUUAGAGGUAAUCCUGCUGUCCGUCUCCCUCUGAGAGCAGAGCUCCAGAAGGUGGGGGUGUUUGUUGAUUAUGAUGAGGGUCUGGUCUCCUUCUAUGAUGUGGAUGCCAGGGUUCAUCUCUACUCUGCUACCGGCUGCAGCUUUAGAGAGCCUCUCUAUCCACUCCUCGCUAUGUGGUUAACUGUGGACGGUCAAAACUCUGCCCCAUUGAUCAUCUCACCUGUCAAUCAAACAGACUAGGACUUUUGUUUGAUGAUAAAAUAACCAAACAACGAAUGUUGUUUUCUAAAUAAGAAUACCUUGUGAGAUCUGAGAGAACUUCAUUCGUAUCGCACUAUUUAAUGUCAUUCAUCAAGGAUAAAUACAAUAAGCCAUUAAUACUUUGUACUAUCAAUAAUAUAACCCAUUUUAGCUGGUAAAACUACAAUAAAAUGUUCAAUGUCUUCUUUCCUGAAGGUUUUUUUGUUCAGUUAAA